UCUAGAGGUGCGGGCUGUGUGUCCUGGUGGUUCUGCAGCUGCAGGCAUGGCCUCUCCAGGGGCCCCAGCACCCCCGCCCGAGAUACCAGAGCAGAACUGCUGGUACCGUGAGGUCCAGUACUGGGACCAGCGCUACCGGAAUGCGGCUGACUCUGCCCCUUACGAGUGGUUCGGGGACUUCUCCUCCUUCCGUGCACUCCUAGAGCCGGAGCUGCGGCCCGAAGACCGUAUCCUCGUGCUAGGCUGUGGGAACAGUGCCCUGAGCUAUGAGCUGUUUCUUGGAGGCUUCCCUGAUGUGACCAGUGUGGACUACUCAUCAGUGGUGGUGGCUGCUAUGCGGGUUCGCUAUGCCCAUGUGCCCAACCUGCGCUGGGAGACCAUGGAUGUGCGGGCCUUGGACUUCCCCAGUGGCUCCUUCGAUGUGGUGCUUGAGAAGGGCACACUGGAUGCCCUGUUAGCUGGAGAACGAGAUCCCUGGACUGUGUCUUCUGAAGGUGUCCACACUGUGGACCAGGUGCUGAGUGAGGUGAGCCGGGUGUUGGUCCCUGGAGGCCGAUUCAUCUCAUUGACCUCAGCUGCGCCCCACUUUCGGAUCAGACACUAUGCCCAAGCCCAAUAUGGCUGGUCCCUGAAGCAUGCAACCUAUGGCAGUGGCUUCCACUUCCAUCUUUACCUCAUGCAGAAGGGUAAAGAACUCACUGUAGCCCAACUUGCCCUUGGGACUGAGAUCCUCUCACCCGCUAGACCUCCCACCUCACCCUGCUUCCUCCAGGACUCGGAUCAUGAGGACUUCCUCAGUGCCAUUCACCUGUGAGGCCAGAGGCAUGUCCUCCAGUCCUCCCUGCCUUUCUCCCCUGGGCUCUUCAAGUACUUGGAAUUCCUGAUUUAGGGCUUGGAUUUAGGGUUGGAUUCAAGGUGCUCACAAUCCCAGAGGCACCAUGCCUAAGAUAGAGCUGAUGGGAGCAACCCCACAUGAAACAAUACAGCCCAGGUUA